AUGGUUCUGUUUGGCCCGCUGCUCAGUCUCUGGGUCUCCAAACACAACAUCUUUGCCAACAGUCAUCACUACUUGUACAGGAAGUUCUUAUGGUCUGCGUGGGGUUGGACUCUCAUCCUGACCACUUCCUUCAUCCUGCUGCUGUCCCUCUCGGCUCAUCGCCCUCUCUCCCGUUGCCUCCGUCACUUGUCCCGUCUCCUGGUGGUGGGGCUGCUGUGGUGGUCCCUCAAACAUCUCCUCGUGGUUUUGGAAGACGCUGCCGGCUCCUGCUACGAACCCAUGCCCCAAGAUUCCACAGAUAAGUCCUCAGAUCACCCCUCGUUUCUCCUGCACGAGAACCACGGCAAGGCGUCCUGCUUGCGGGCCAGAAUGCAGUGGAGAGGUUCCCAGCCCAGCAGUUAG